GCAGCGGUAGGAAUCAUAGCUUUGAUAAUUAAAAUGGACAAAGUAGAAUUUAAAGAAUUUGCCAAAGCAGUAAUAGAUAAGAUUGUGGAUUACGAAGAUAGCUUGAGAGAUAGAAAAGUUAUUCCUGAUGUAGAACCAGGAUAUUUGAGUAAAUUAGUUCCAAAAGAAGCUCCAGAGAAAGGAGAAUCCUGGAAGGAGGUUUUCGAUGACAUCGAAAGGGUCAUAAUGCCAGGAACAAUGCAUUGGAAAUCACCAAACUUUCAUGCCUACUUUCCGAGUCCAAACUCUUACCCAUCGGUAGUGGGGGAAUUACUGAGCGCUGGAAUAGGAGGAAUCGGCUUCUCAUGGUUAUCAUCGCCAGCAAUGACCGAACUAGAAGUUGUUACGGUGAAUUGGCUUGGAAAAAUGCUAGGAUUGCCAGAAGAAUUUUUGAAUUGUAGUCAAGGACCUGGUGGCGGAGUCAUACAAGGAUCUGCAAGCGAAACAACUUUAAUUGGUUUAUUGGCGGCCAAAGAACUUACGGCAAAACGUAUUAAGAAAGAAAACCCAGACAUGGACGAAGCAAUAAUAAAGACUAAAUUAGUGGCUUAUACUUCGAAUCAAUCAAACUCUUCAGUUGAAAAGGCAGGACUUCUUGGGUCAAUGACAAUGCGACUGUUACCUGUGGACGAGAAUUGCAGUCUCCGCGGCGCAACUUUGCUAGAAGCGAUUGAAAAAGAUCGAAAAGCUGGACUGAUUCCUUGUUAUGUUAUCGCAACUUUAGGAACUACAAGUACCUGUGCGUUUGAUAAUCUAGAGGAACUUGGACCGAUUUGCAAUGAAAAUAAUAUGUGGCUUCACAUUGACGCUGCUUACGCGGGUUCGGCCUUAAUAUGUCCUGAGUACAGGUACUUAAUGCCAGGUAUCAAAUAUGCUGAUUCGUUCAAUACCAGUCCUCAUAAAUGGCUUCUCACAAAUUUCGAUUGCUCUGUACUCUGGGUAAAAGACUCGAGAUGCCUCAUUGAAGCUUUUACUAUUGAACGAAUAUACCUAACACACGAUUUUAUAAGUUCAACUCCGGAUUAUCGUGUGAUUUUCAACAUGCUGUAACUCGGUGAAAAAUGGUCGCAUAAAAAAAUUAAGAAAAGCAAAUUGUACCUCAAGUUUCUAGUUUUCAGAUCUGGACCUCAAAAUUUUGUAUCAUGUACGGUUCCGGAGUAAUCAUAAGAAAACCAACGAAAAAAAAAUUUUCAAAAUUUUUGCUGGUCUUUCAAUGCCUCUAUGGGCGACAAUAAAUUUUUUUGAAUAAUCCGACUGUCUGACUUUUCUCGGAAAUUUUAUGCCCUUUAAUUUGGUGGCCUUAAAAAGUCUCUACGACGAUUUGGCGCCGAGUUAUCAUUGAUCAAAGCAAAAAAGUCCAUUUUGGCUUUGAUAAUCAAUAACUCCGGAUGUAUUGGUCGUACAGAGAAUGGAAGCAGGGUUUUGAAAACUGGAAAACAUUCUCUAUAAGGCAAAAUUAGUGACAUUUGAUAGAAAAAUUUUUUUUAAAGCGAAAAAACUUUUUUUUUUCAAUUUUUUUCGAUAAUCGAUCUUUUUGAUUGAAGAAAUGAAGAUUAUCGGUAAAAAAAAACCAUUUUCAAAUCGAAAAAAUGAACAAAAACCGAGAAACUACCAAUUAUGGUGAUUUUUGACAAAAUCGAUAAAUUUAAAGCUUCGGGGCACUAAGAAAGAAAAAUCGCAGCGAUUUGAAAUUUUCAGGGUUUUUUCAGGACACUUUGAGGUUGAAAAAAACACGAAGAUAUCCUUUGUUCAUCCGUUAUAUCCAAAGUUAUAGCAAGAUUUCCGAGUAUCCUUAAAUUUGUGAAUUUUGACCUGUUUUUUACUAAACAAUAUCGAUGAUACUUAGAAAAUAGAAGACACGUAUUAUAAAAUUUACUAUUUUAAUGUUAAAAUUCCCCAUAUUGACAACCGGGUUCCGCGUUAUAAUUUCAAAUAGUAAUUUUCAAAGUUUAUUUUUUUCCGUGUAAUC